GUGACUCGGUCCGUCCUUCGCGCCUAUCCAUGGCGGCGCUGCGGCGUCUCGCCCACCGCCUCCAGUCCUUCCAAUUCCCACCCCGUCUCCUCCCACUCCCCAUCCCGGACUUCCGCGGCCACCUCCCCCGCUUCUCCACCUCCCCGCCGCACUUCAUGACCGAGUACCUCGUCUCCUACGGCCUCUCGCCGGCGGCUGCCGCCAAAGCCGCCCCGCGGUUCUCGCACCUGAGCUCCACGGCCAAGCCGGACGCCGCGGUCGCCUUCCUCCGCUCUCAGGGGCUCGGCCGCGCGCAGCUCCGUGAAAUCAUCUCCUGGGUUCCCUUGCUGCUCCUCAGCGACGUGGACGCCACCCUCUCCCCGAAGUUCGACGCCGUCCGCGCGCUCGGGCUCACCCGCGCCGAAUCCGCGCGCCUCUUCGCGCUCUACCCCUCGGCGCUCACCUACGGCAUCCGCUCCACCCUCCUCCCGCGCGUCCUCUUCUGGCUCGACCUCCUCGGGUCCUCAAGGUUACUGAUGAAAUGGCUCGCCAGGACGUGGCUGCUCAAGUACAGCGUCGGCCUCCUCCUGCAGAACAUGUCCACGCUCCGGGGCCUCGGCGUCCCCCAGGACCGCGUCUCCGCCGUGGUGCGCACGCAGCCGACCGUCAUCAUGCAGUCGCCGGCCAAGUUCAACGCGCUCGUGGCGCGCGUCGAGGCGUGCGCCGGCAUCCUGCCCAGCUCCGGCAUGUACGUGUGGUGCCUAUUUUCGCUCCACAACAUCAGCGACCGCUCGUUCCGGGCCAAGAGGGCGGUCGUGAUGCGCGCGGCGGGUUGCGACGAGGAGGAGUUCGCCGCCAUGUUCCGCCGCGCGCCGUGCUUCAUGUUGGUGUCCGCGGGCCUGCUGCGGCGGAAGGUGGAGUUCCUGAGGGAGAAGGUCGGGUGCAGCGCCGAGCGCCUCCUCAUGAACCCCGUGUUGCUGACCCUCAGCAUCGACAAGCGGAUGGCGCCGCGGUGCCGCGCCGUCGAGGCCCUGCGGUCCAAAGGCAUCGACAUUGGGAAUUCGAACAUGGUAACCAUAGUGAGAUUAACGGAGGACAGGUUUGUGAAGAAAUACAUAUUGAAAUACGCAGAGAAGGUGCCUGAAAUCCUCGAGCUCUAUCCUCGAGUCCAAGGACAUGCUGAAAUACACAGAGCAGGUACCUGAACUCCUCGAGCUCUAUCCUCAAGUUGAAGGACAUGCUGAUAUACUCUGAAGCUCUAACCUCAAGUCGAAGGACAUGCUGAAAUAUUCUGAGUCUGGCAUUUGUUUGAUCUGUUUUGCUUGACAUUCAGGUCAAGCCACUAAUACUCUUGAGUCUGGCAUUUGUUUGAUCUGUUUUGCUUGACAUUCAGGUCAAGCCACUAUGUUAAACGAUUAGGUUGUUUCUUGUUUUUUUAGAUUUUCUUGGUCAGAAGCUUAUCAUUCAUUAUGGUAUUUGUGUCACACAGUUUGUGUGGUGAACUGGAGAUGAUGUCGACUGACCAAUUUGUCGUUGUGAUAGUUGUUUUGUUUUUAUUCACAUUCACGAUUGAGUUGUAA